AUGGAAAGCACAUGCAGACACUGUGGAAAGAGAGGUCAUUGGCGCGCAGAGUGCCCAGAGCGCCAAAAUGCCUCAGCUAACAGUGUAACCAGCACGGCAGCCACCAUGACAGCCGAAGCAGUUUCCCUCGAGGGUGAGCCCGAUGCCUUGCCAAUGGAGUUCAUGCAGUUGAAUGAAGCCUCCUGCCAUUUGCCGAUGAAAGCCAGUGAUCCGCCAAAGAUGAGUGAGCCUGCUUUAGCACUUUUUGCAUCGCAUGGCACAUCAGGCAUCUUAGACACAGGCCAAUCAAAUCAACAGGAUGAGAUUUUCCAGAGCCACCGUGAGUCCAGACGUUCACAGACCAAUGAAUGCACAGCAGUCGACGACAGCGUGGACCAGUUUCAGCAGCUGACAGUUCAGGAAAUGGGAGAUGCCAAGGUUACGUUUGGCAAAGCCCACAUGGGGCGAACCUAUCUGGAAAUGUGGUUGGAGGAGCAAAAUUGGAUCAAAUGGUUCAUCAGGACCUACUCAGACAGCCAAAAAGUGGAACAUCGAAAGCUCCUGAUUUAUGUCGAGAAGAUGAUAUCAGCUCACGAACUAGAGCACAAACUGCCUCCGAUGGAGUCCAUGACACAGGGAGUUGUCAUGCCACGCUGCAAAGGGCAACCGAAAGCCAAGGCAUCCACAGCCGUGGACCCUUUCAUGUUCAUGGAAGCCAGCUCCAACAUCGGGACCGAGCAGUGGGAUGUGAUGGACCCAGAAGAGAUGUUGGCCCACAAUGCCAGGGGACUCGACGAAGAUCCACACCUGGAGAGCAUCGAAGCCCUGCAGGAAUUUCAAGAAGUCUCCAAACGCGUAGGCAGCCGAUCAGCAAAGCCAAUUCAGAUGCUCGAGGUCUUCUGCGACCUUUCCACCAAAGAAGGCAGAGAAGGUUUGUUUGAAAUUGUCAAUCAACAGAAGCCCAACCACAUAUGGUAUAGCCCGACCUGCGGGCCUUGGAGUUCAUGGAGUCAGUUCAAUGAGAUGAGGAGCACCGAAGGCUUUGUCGAAGUGCAGCGGAAGAGAGAAGAAAACCUUUUCCAGUUGGCCCUAGGUUGCCCGAUUCGACAUGUGCAGAGUAGGAAAGUUGCACAGGUUUUGACAAAAGUCAAAUGUCAACGUAGCAAACCUAUGGGAUUGUCCGAAGCUUUUGCAUCCGACGCCAAAAGAAAUACCAGUGCAUCCCUGGCACCUGCAUCCAAGCGAGCGAAGCUGACACCCGUCAGUCCACUGAUUGAGCCCAGUGAAAUGCCGGCAAAGAAGCGUCGCCUCCAUGAGAAGACCACCGACAAUGUAGGACUUCAAGAAGUGUUUCAUGACAAACAAAUAGUUCGGGUUGUGAUUUGCAAAGGGACGGAGAGAACCAUCACUCCCCCGAAGAAUAUGAUGCCAGCAGAAGCUCCUUUUCGCAGAGCCAUCAUCAUCCAAAGACAAACCAAAGCCAUCAAAGUAGAAGGUCAAUGGGAGGAAUGGCGCCAUUUGUCAGCCCGACAGCUGUGGCGACGGUCACAUCCCUCCUUUUUGAAUAUAACAGUGUUCGCUCGAAAUCCAACCGAGAUUUCAUCACCUGCCAGUGAAAGCCAGAGACCAAUCAGCCAUGAGGCCACUGAACCAAGUGUUGCAGCCCAAUCCUCGGUACCGGAUGUGCCAACCAAUGGGCUCUCGAGCACACCAGCCUUUGAGAGUCAGCUGCAACCACCGAGUGUCGCAACACCCGAAAGCACCAAGGAUCCAAGUCAAAUAGACUUCGAAAGCAAGGACCAUGGUUCCAAGCUCAUGACAAUGUCACCGGAGAACAAGAAACUUGCUAUUCGACUUCACAAAAACUUAGGUCACCCAGAUCCCACCAAGUUGAGUAAGGUACUUCAGCAAAGGGGUUACUCUGAUGAAUUGGUGCGAGGAGUGUUAGACCUCAAAUGUUCCGUAUGCCAAAUGCAACAGCAACCAAGACUCCAACGUCCUGCGACACUGAAGGAGGAACUGAAUUUCGGUGAUAAGAUAUCAAUGGAUGGGGUAAAAUGGAGUAACAAACAGGGCCAAGAUUUCCAUUUUUACCAUUUCAUUUGUCACGGUACCAACUACCACACUGCAGUGGUGGCCCCGAAUCGAGCAGAAGUUCAGGAAAGAUUCACCUCUGGAUGGCUCAACUGGGCUGGUCCUCCCAACACAGUUAUCAUGGAUUCAGCAUCAGAAUUUGUGUCACAAGCAUUUGAAGAGUUUCUUCAAAGCAUGAAUGUACAAUGUACAGUGGUCCCUCCAGAUGCUCACUGGCAGAUGGGUCGCAUUGAGCGACACGGCGGUGUACUCCAAUCAAUGUUAAGCAAAUAUGAAUUGGAACAUGAUGUGACUGAUUAUUUCCAAUUCCAACAAGCCCUAACCCAUUGUACCAUGGCAAAGAAUGCCUGCAGUCUAAGACAUGGAUACUCACCCGAGACUCUUGUUUUCGGUCGUGGCCUACGGGUUCCAGGUUCCAUUGUUGGAGAUGACACCUUGCCAGCUCAUGCCAUCGCUACCAAUGAUGACAGCCAGGGCAUUCGCUUUAGGAAAGUGCUCGCAAUGCGAGAGACAGCACGAAGAGCCUUUCAUGCAGCCGACAACGAUAUGGCAAUUCGUCGUGCAGCACUGAGAAGAGAUCGUCCACAUAGAGGGGCCUAUGAACCUGGGGAAUGGGUAAUGGUCUGGAAAUUCCACAUAGGUAAGGGUUCCUGGAUUGGUCCUGCAAAGGUAAUAAUCCAAGACGGUCCAACAUCAGUGUUUUGCAACAAUGCAGGGUCUGUACUGCGGGCUGCUCCAGAACAUGUACGUCCAGUCAGUGCGGUAGAAGCCAGACUAAUUCCCAUGACAGAAAAUCCCAUAUCCCUGUUGAGAACCUCACAAGUCCCACCACAUGCGCAGAUUUCCAAUAAUCCUUCAGAUCAAAUUCCCACCGAAAGCCCAACCAAUGAGAUUGCCAGACUUCCAACAACCACUGAAGUGUUUGUGCCAUCCGAAAACGCCAGACCAACUAGCUCAAGAGCAUCCGAACAGCCUGACCAAGAGCCUGAUGAAAAUUCCCAAGGUAACCUCACCAUUAAAAAUGAUAAUUCUUCACCCGACAAUAGUCCACAUAACUUACAUUUAAAUAAUCCCGAAGCCGAAAGUCAACCCACCUUAGAACCUCAUGAAAUACCACUCCCUGAUGCCACCGAUGAUGAACUUUUGUGUGAUCUCCUGACUUGCACUGACGAUGACAAGUCAGAUCUCUUCGCACCAGAUGGCAAAGACCAUGUCUGGAAAGCCGAGCUCGAAUUCACCAAAGCUCAAUUGGAUGAGAUGUGUUUUUCCCAGGAAAAUCCAUGUGAAGAAGAUUUCAUCAUGUUAGCAACAGCAUCCAAGAAACAACGGACUGAGGUCAAGUUAAGCACUCUAGAUCCUCAUGAGCGCCAGGAAUUCGAGGCUGCAAAGGCCAAGGAGGUGAACAACUGGCUUCAGACCGGGACUGUGGAAAGAAUGUUCCGAAAUGCCUUGUCACCUGAACAAAUCCUGAGAUGCAGAUGGCUGUAUGUUUGGAAGCCUAUAGAGUGUCCUAAAGAACAAAAAGAAAAUGGGGGGCGUAGUCGCAAAGCAAAAGCCCGCCUGGUGGUUCUAGGAUAUAUGGAUCCCCAACUGGAAACAAUUCCUAGAGACAGUCCUACACUGGGGAGAACUUCAAAAAUGCUGAUAGCCCAAGUGAUUGCCUCCAUGAGAUGGACACUCAUGUCUUUCGACAUCAAAGCAGCGUUCCUCCAGGGCCGCACUCAGGAAGGAAGGGAAAUUGCCAUUGAACCUGUCCCAGAAAUGGUGAAAGCCAUGGAUUUGAAAUCCACGGAGGUUUGUAAACUCAUUAAAUCAGCGUAUGGUUUAAUUGAUGCUCCAUUUCUAUGGUUCACAGAACUUGACACCACCCUGCGUAGCUUGAACUUCAUACCAUCCCCAUUUGACCCAUGCCUCUAUUUGCUGUUCAAACCAGGAGCAAAAGAGCCAUCGGGGAUCCUUGGGGUCCAUGUAGAUGAUGGUCUAUGCGGAGGAGAUAGUUAUUUCCAGUCUCAGGUGAAAGCACUCGAGACAACAUUUCCUUUCGGAUCCCGGAAAUCUCAGAGCUUUGUGUUCACAGGGAUUGAAAUGAGUCAACAAAGUGAUUCCAGCAUCCAGCAUCGUCAUGUCACAGGAAAAAUAUGUUUCCAAAAUUGA